AUGUUAUCUCUCUCUAUCUCUCUCUAUCUCUAUCUCUCUCUCUCUCUCUCUCUCUCUCUCUCUCUAUCUCUCUCUCUAUCUCUCUCUCUCUCUCUCUAUAUCUCUCUCUCUCUAUAUCUCUCUCUCUAUAUCUCUCUCUCUAUAUCUCUCUCUAUAUCUCUAUCUCUCUCUCUAUAUCUCUCUAUAUCUCUCUCUCUCUCUCUAUAUCUCUCUCUCUCUCUCUCUAUAUCUCUCUCUCUAUCUCUAUAUCUCUCUCUCUAUCUCUAUAUCUCUCUCUCUAUCAUAGAGGAUAGACCUUUCUGCACUGCUUGCCUCCAUGAUGAUCAUUUGAUGGUUAUUGCUUCUCACAUAUCUGAAAUGUCUAGUUAUGUUGGGUGUAUUGUCUCUUUGGACUGCGGGGACACAUUGGGCAAUUAUCAAGGACAAGUCAAGUCUGUUAAUGAUAACAGCCAAACAAUCACAAUUGAUAAAUGCUAUCGAAAUGGUAUUGCAUAUGAAUUACCAGAGAUUACAGUCAAUGCCAGGGAUAUCAGAGAACUGUCCAUUAUUAAAUCAGCUGAAGAUGCCCAAGACAUUAUUUCAAUUCAGUCAACUCCUUCAAAAUUCACUAAAGAGCAAAUGGAAGCUAUUUGUGGUGGAACAGCCUCUCCCGUUAAAGUGGUGAGCUGUUCAGAUUACUGUUAUAAUCAGACACGAACCCCUUCCAAAGAGAAAAACUCUUACUGGACCAAUAACAGCAGCAACCAUAGACGUACACCCACCAAUAAAGAUGAGCAGAUGAAACAACGACGGAAUUCAGCCUCUGAAACUCGAAAGAAAGCAACACCAUCGCGGAAAAUAGAUUGCCGUCGAAAACUGAUGAACCGUGAAGAUUGUUUCAGUGCUCCUUCUGAGUCCUUCCUUAAGGAAUUUGAUUUUGAGAAGAACUUGGCACUUUUUGAUAAAAAAGCAUUCUUUCAGGAAAUGGAAAACUCAUUGCCAGAGGUGAUACGAGCCAAUGAUAGAAAACAGCCUUCAAAAUAUCGACACGAUGAAAAUAUCCUAGAGUCUGGUCCUGUUGUUCUAUGUAAGAUAAAAGUACCUUGUUUUUCAGACAAGGAAUAUGUUACUGAUUCUGGUCUUAUUGUUCCUUGUAUUUCUUAUGAUUUACGAUCACGUUUAUUCUCUACUGCUGAAGAAUUUGGGUUUUCCAAGUCGAGACGCUUGGAGACUGUUGGCAGAUCAACCACUGAAAUGAUAUUACAACUUGUUGGAGGCAGCCACAGGUUAAAUCCCAAGAAUGACCACCAGUUGCCUACAAUUGUGGCUCUUUGUGGUCCUCACAUUCAAGGAGCUCAGGGAAUUACCUGUGCUCGUCUUUUAGCCAAUCAUAAUGUAAAAACUUUUGUCUAUGUGCCAAACUUUGUGAAAAUGGACCAUUAUGUUGAAGAAGAAUUAUUAUUAUAUGAUCUCACUGAUGGGCAGAAAACUUCUUGUGCUCGAGAUUUACCAAAAGGAACUGUUGAUAUAAUCAUUAAUGCUUUGGACAAUCAUGAGAACAUGGUUCUCAGGGACCAAUCAUGGUAUAGGACCUUGGUAGAGUGGGCCAACAACAGCAAAGCCCCAGUCUUGGCUAUUGACCCUCCACAGCAAGGGAGUCUAAUUCAAGCCAAAUGGUGCCUCAGUCUGUGUCUUCCACUCAACCUCAGGGAACAAUGUGGACAGGUGUAUCUGUGUGAUCUCGGAUUACCACGUCAGGUUAUGGCCCAAGUGGGCAUCACAUACUCUUCUCCUUUUGGGCAUAAGUUCCUUAUUCCACUUCAUACUAAGAGCUAG